GCAGGUGAGGAAGCCUGCCGAGCUUUCUACAGCGACGUCUACAUGUGUAGGAAGAGAGGAGGAACCAUUGAGCAAGAGCUGACCGGCAGAAGGAAAGAAGGCACUGCCCUCAGGCAUAACGAUGACUUGCCAUUAGCGAGUUGACGGGGCAUCUUGUGACUUUUUUUUUUUUUUCUUUUGCAAAAGAGAAGAGGAAGGGAGUUGUGAAUGACAGACACAAAGUCCCUGGAGCCUGAGUUGUUUUUCCCUCAGUCCCCGGUUGUGGCAGCUAUGAACAAGGCUAGAAAGCAACAGUAAAAAAAAAGAAAGAAGAUAAAACCCUGGAGAACAAACGGGGCACACAGCCUGAAGGAAAGUAAUCAGCGCGGCUCUCGACCAGUCUUCAGUUGAGUGGAUUUACAGUCAGCUGUUGCUGUGGAGCCACUAAGACCGCUGCUGAGGAAGAAAGCCGGCAUGGACGGCGGGUUCUCUUCCUUGCGGACGGAGGCGGUGGGAGCCAUGAAGACGGUGCUGGUGUCUGCUGAGAACUUGCAGCUCACUCUGAAGCCUGAGCCAAGUCAGGAGGAACAGGCCCUCACACGCACCGACGGCAAACCCAGGGACACGCUGAAAACCGGGAAUGAAGACCUGAAAGAGAUGCUGGAGAGCAACAAAGAGUCCCUCAAACUGGAGGCCAUGAAGAGGGUAGUCGGGCUUAUUUCCAAAGGGAAAAAUGCAUCCGAGUUGUUUCCAGCUGUUGUGAAGAAUGUUGCGAGUAAGAACAUCGAGCUGAAGAAGCUUGUGUACGUGUACCUGGUGAGGUAUGCAGAAGAGCAGCAGGACUUGGCCUUGCUGUCCAUCAGCACCUUCCAACGGGCCCUAAAGGAUCCAAACCAGUUCAUCCGGGCCAGCGCUCUGAGGGUUCUGUCCAGUAUCCGUGUCCCCAUCAUCGUGCCCAUCAUGAUGCUGGCAAUCAAGGAGGCUGCGGCUGACAUGUCCCCAUACGUUCGGAAGACGUCGGCGCACGCUAUCCAGAAGCUCUACAGCCUGGAUCCAGACCAGAAGGAGCAGCUGAUCGAAGUGAUCGAGAAACUCCUGAAGGACAAAAGCACACUGGUGGCCGGCAGCGUCGUGAUGGCCUUCGAGGAAGUCUGCCCGGAUCGCAUCGACCUGAUCCACAAGAACUACAGGAAGCUGUGCAACCUGCUGGUGGACGUGGAGGAGUGGGGUCAGGUGGUUAUCAUCUCCAUGCUGACGCGAUACGCCAGGACUCAAUUCGUCAGUCCUUGGAAGGAGGAUGCCGUGUUUGAUGAGAACAGCGAGGGUGUGUUCUACAACUCUGACUCUGAGGAUAAGAAAGAUCAGGACGAGACAAAACCCUACAUCAUGGAUCCGGAUCACCGGCUGCUGUUGAGGAACACCAAGCCCCUACUGCAGAGCAGGAACACUGCUGUUGUGAUGGCUGUCGCUCAGCUCUACUGGCAUCUCGCCCCUAAACACGAAGUCAGCAUCGUCACCAAGUCGCUGGUUCGACUCUUGAGAAGCCAUAGGGAGGUGCAGUACGUUGUGCUGCAGAACAUCGCCACCAUCUCCAUUCAGAGGAAGGGGAUGUUUGAGCCGUACAUGAAGAGCUUCUACGUGAGAUCCACUGAUGCCACUCACAUAAAAACACUAAAGUUGGAGAUCCUGACAAAUCUGGGCAAUGAAGCAAACAUCUCCACCAUUCUGAGGGAGUUCCAGACCUACGUGAAGAGUCAGGACAAGGCUUUCGCUGCUGCUACCAUUCAGGCCAUCGGCAGGUGCGCCACCAACAUCUCGGAGGUGACGGACACGUGCUUGAACGGUCUGGUGUUGCUGCUUUCCAACAGAGACGAGACCGUUGUGGCGGAGAGCGUGGUCGUCAUCAAGAAGCUGCUUCAGACUCAGCCCACCCAGCACAGCGAGAUCAUCAAACACAUGGCCAAGCUCUUCGACAACAUCACUGUUCCUAUGGCGCGGGCCAGCAUCCUGUGGCUGAUAGGGGAGUACUGCGAGAGGGUGCCAAAGAUUGCACCUGAUGUUCUCCGAAAGAUGGCAAAAAGUUUCACUGCGGAGGAGGACAUAGUCAAGCUCCAGAUUGUCAAUCUGGCAGCCAAACUCUACCUGACCAACUCCAAGCAGACGAAGCUGCUGACCCAGUAUAUCCUGAACCUGGGCAAAUACGACCAGAGCUACGACAUCAGAGACCGGACGCGCUUCAUACGGCAGCUGAUCGUGCCCAACGAAAAGAGCGGUGCCCUCAGCAAGUACGCCCGGCGCAUCUUACUGGCCCCUAAACCCGCUCCAGUGCUCGAGUCUGCCUUCAAAGACCGAGACCGUUUCCAGCUGGGCACUCUUUCACACAGUCUCAACAGUAAAGCCACCGGCUACCAGGAGCUCUUGGACUGGCCAGUCGUUGCUCCCGACCAGUCCGUGAGGAACGUGGAGGUCUUUGAACCAGUGAAAGAGUGGGUGCCGUCAGUUGGGAAGUCCAAGAAAUCCAAAUCUGACGACAAGUUCUACUCUGACGAUGAGGAGAAAGACGAAGACGAGGAGGAAGUAUCUGAGAGCAGCGGCAGUGACGACAAGAGCAGCAGCAGUGAAGAGUUGGGCAGUGCCAGUGAGGAGGAAAGCAGCGACGAGUCCGAGAAGAGCUCCAGUGAUUCUGAGGGAAGUUCUAGUGAAUCUGAGAAGAGCUCCAGUGAGUCUGAAUCAGAGCAGAAGAAAAAGACCAAGAAGAUCCUGAAGAAGGGCAAGGCAGCUACUACUGACAGCAACUCGGAUGAAAACGGAAAUGGACCUAUGGACCAAGCGAGCAGCUCGUCGGAUGAAGGCUCGUCCAGCUCGGAGUCGGACUCCGAGGACGAGUCCGGCUCAGACACCCCGGCACCGCCGAAGACGUCCGUCGCAAAGGCCAAACCCAAGGUAGCGGCGAAGUCCAAGAAGGAGGUGUCUUUAUUGGAUCUGGAUGACUUCUCUUCGUCACCCACAAACACAUCAAUGCCUUCGGUCUACUCUCAGAGCCUGCUCUCCGACCUCGAAGGCCUGUCUCUCUCCAACAUCUCCUCAGCCAUGCAGGUCACCAGUCCAUUCUUCGGCCCUGUGAAGACCUACGAGCUGCUUCACCACAUGACGGGAAAAGGAAUGUCGGCCAAUUACCAUUUCCCCAGGCAGCCAUGUUUGUACCAGGCCAGCAUGGUCUUGGUGCAGGUAACCCUGACCAACAGCUCAGAACACGAUCUGGAGGAGAUCCACAUCGGAGACCGAAGCCCGGCGAGCCUCAACAUCCACUGCUUUAACACCAUCGAGCGGUUGGAGCCGGGGGCCUCGGUGACGGUUUCCAUGGGUAUCGACUUCAGCGACUCCACGCAAGCAGCAAACUUCCAGCUGUGCACCAAGGAGGACAAGUUCAGCGUAUCCAUUCAGCCUGCCGUAGGAGAGCUGUUACUGCCGAGUACCAUGACGGAGCCGGACUUCACAAAGGAGCAGGGAAAGCUUCUGGGCAUGAACGAGACAUCGGCAACCAUCACCAUGGCAACAGCUAAUGACUCCAGCCAGGCCAUCAACAAGCACAUCCUGUCUGCAGCCAACGUGGGAGUGGUUUCAUCCAGCCAAAACAACUUCCACAGGUUUGCCGGGCGGACGGUCAGCAGCGGAGCUCUGGUCCUGGUCUCGCUGGAGCUCAGAGAGUCCUUCACCGCCAUCCUGACCAUCAACACGGAGAAAAGCAUCAUGGGGCCCAUGCUGCUCCGAGACCUCAAGCAAGCCCUCACUUGCGAGUGAACCCCCCCCCCUCUCUGAUUCCUGUAGUAACUGUAAAGGGGAUUAACACUCAAACUGACCAUUUCAUACAUUUUCUUCCACACAUUUCUGGAUCAUUUUGGCAGUAAUUUCCUCCAAAACCCAGAAAAGGAAAUGGUUGUGUUCAGUAUCGUCAUAUUUUUACAGAAGCAUUAGACUAAAUAAAGUGUUGAUCCCCUUUAAGACUCUUGAAGGCAUCCCAGAAACUACCCUCACGCCUCACCCCCCAUCAGUAUCCCUUGGAGUGCCAAAGUAUCUGUCCCUCGUUUCGAUGGCCUCUUUUGUUGGUGAGAGGGGUGAGAGGAUUUCUGCUCAUGAUCAUUGAUUUAAAAAGAAGCUUUAACAAAACCAAACAUUGAGAUCGUGUUACAUUCCAACCUUUAGAACAACAAACCCUGUUCACGUCUGUUGAAGUGCCUUCAAGUAGAAAGCUCAAUAGGACUUGAAUGUCUUUUUAUCUGUUUGCUCUUUCUGAUCAAUAAAAAUGUACCUUG